AUGAAUACUGAGAGGAAAAAACAAAUUCGAUUUAAAAGUGAGGAUGACAUUCGGCUUUUGAGGGAAAUUGUCGCCAAAAAUCCCAUAAAAGACAAGAGUAAAUGGGCAGAGAUCGCAUCAACCCUGUCGUCCCCUAAUUUUAUUUUAGAUGCAAGGAGAGUAAGAGAGAGGGCGAAUUUACUCAUUGAACAGCAUAAAAGAGAAAACCUAGAGAAUCUCAGAAGAUCUGGUGUUGAUGAGGAAGUGACGGAAAAAACCACUCUGCUUGACGAAAUUCUUGAGUUAAAAGAUGAGGAGGAACGGGGAAAGAAAGAAGAAAAAGAAAAGAAAGAAAGAUCUGAUAACAUGGGGAAGGAGAUAAGAAAGAGGGCCCUAGAGUGUUUAACACCAAAGAAAGAUGAUGAGUGUGGAGCACCUAAAAGGAAAAAUUCACAAACUUGCAUCGUCGACUAUUUAAAAGAAAAAACAGAGCUUGAAAUGAAAACAAAAAACGACGAAAUGGAGUUCAGGAAGGAGCAACUAAAAUUGGAAAAAGCCAGAUUUGAUUUGGAUAGACAGGAGAGGAUGCAAAGAAUGGAGAUCGAAAAGCAGGAAAAACUUGCUUUUAUUGAUUUAUUGAAGAAAUUAACGAAAGAUAAAUAAACAAGAAUUGUACGCGAUAACAUAAAUUAUACACAUUAAUAAAUUAAUGCAUAUUUAAAAUAUGUUCUGUUUAGUUCCUUUCCAUGUAACCAUCUAUUUUCAUGUAAACAUACAUGUAUUUAGUAGUUGGUGGAAGUAUUAGGCCAAAUACUCUUGUAGGGAUGGCGGAUCUAUGCCAAAGAAUGUACCGGUCUCGCUCCCAUAGAGUAUAGUGUGACAAUUUGUCAGGAUUGACGCAACUCUAUAAUAUUUUCCAACAGGCUGUAAAUACAGCUUUUGAUUCUUCUUAUAAUCAAGAAAAGCAAAGAGAUUCAAAAUUUUGCUGAAAGUCCAUUCAACACACACUCUCACUGCCGACAUCCUUUUGUUAAAGCGCAUCUGAUUCGCUGAGAUUACCCCUCCUCGAAAUGGAGGUAUUAGGUAAGGCGAUAGAGGGUAUGCAGGGUCACCGUAGAGGGAGUACACAUCAUUAUUUGCCUUUGUCAUAUAUUGUUGCAGUUGAUGCUCAACGUCGCUUUCUCGUAACAUACCGGCAUCAUGACGUCGACCUUCAAUAGGACC